AACUUGUCAAACCAGAAAUAAGGAACCAAAAGCACCGAGUUUCCUUCCUUACUAAGGUCUCUCGUGGGACGGUUUAUUCUCAUACAGCAACCUCACCGCUCCCAGCCCUUAACUAAUCCAAAAAGAACCCCAACUGAAAGGCUGAAUCUUUAGAGCUUUUUUCUUUUCAAGAAACCAAAACCAAAAAUUUAAAAAAAAAAAUGCGAGCUUGGUUCUCAGGCGGCAGUAGUGGGAAUGAUGAGGAGCAGGGAAAAGAAGGGUCAUCUCUUUUAUCAGAUUGGAACUCAUAUGCUGCUUCAAAAGAAGCAGAAGAGGGAACUACAACUGUGUUUGGGUUUGAUCUUGAGUCUGCUGCGAGGUCCGCCAAUGAUACUGUCACUGGUACCUUCAAUGUUGUUUCAAAAGGGGUGAGAGAUCUCCCUGGGAAUCUCCAAUCUGCCACAAGUAGUGUCCCUUCAGGAAAAGCAUUCAUCUACUUUGGUUUAUUUCUGGCAGCUGGGGUCUUUUUUGUUUUCAUUGCUUUUACCAUGUUUCUUCCAGUCAUGGUGCUCUUGCCCCAAAAAUUUGCAAUCUGCUUUACCCUUGGAUGUGGCUUUAUCAUUGGAUCAUUCUUUGCUCUCAGAGGCCCAAAGAAUCAGUUGGCCCACAUGUCAUCGAAAGAGAGGCUUCCUUUUACAUUAGGAUUUAUUGGAAGUAUGGUGGGCACCAUGUAUGUUUCCAUGGUGCUUCAUAGCUACAUUCUUUCUGUGCUUUUUUCUGUUGUUCAGGUCCUUGCACUUGCAUACUAUGCUGUUUCUUACUUCCCUGGUGGGUCUGCUGGGCUCAAAUUUCUCACCUCUGCUCUUACCUCUUCAGUGUCAAGAUGUUUUGGGAGUAUCUUGGGAUUUUCAAGCUUCUCAAAUAUCACAGCUGAAACCGACUAGGGGGAGAUGGGAUGGAUGUGUAAGUAGCUUCUAUGUCACAUUCUGGAAAAUAAAUAUUAUCAGUUCAUAUGAUGGGAUAUUAUCUAGCAAUCAUUAGGGGUAUGUUUUUUAAUUUGGAAAAUUGGGAGAAAAGAAUAAUGAGCUACUAUUCUCCAUCAUUCCUUUCCAUGUAUAACUCAUUUCAUUUCAUUACCUUUUGUGUUUAUGUUUUCAACCUUAACCCAUCAUUCAAGAGAGUGAAAUUUACCAGAUAAGAAA